GAUCACACCGAAAAGCGAGUCUUUUUUGGGAACUUAAAGAAGGCAGUAUUUCGCACUGCCGAAAUUCAUAAUUCACAGAAGUAAAUUUUUGGUCAGAUACACUACGGUACCAUUGCUUUCCAUACUAGAUACCGACUAGUGACAAAACAUUUAUUGUGCAUUGCGCUACAAUUGUAACAACAAUAAUCCGCUGGUAUCCGCAUUAUCUGUGUACCUUCUGGAAUGUGCAACAUGCGUCACCUUUCUUCUUCGGACGUCGCAAGGCUUCUUCCCAAGACGACAAGCAAUGGCGAAGUGUCUUUUCCGUGGAAGCUCCAUAUUGUACUCGAGGAGAGUGAACAAUACGGUUUUCGAGAUAUUGUUUCGUGGCAGGGCGACAGAGCAUUCAAGGUCCACGACCAGAAACGAUUCGAGGGCAUUAUUUUAAAGAAAUAUUUCCGACAAUCACAGUACAAAAGUUUCCAACGUCAGUGUAAGUAGCCUUUUACAGCGACAGCGACAAACCAGCAAAUGAUUGAUACCAUUUAUAGCACCUCAUCGACAAUAUCUAUCUCUUACUCAUCAUAAAAUAUCGCGAAAACUUUCGAUGGUGUUUGUAACGUUUUGCAGUAAAUAUUUACGGCUUCAAACGUCUGAAAUCAUGCGAAUAUCAUGGAUCGUACACCCAUCCUCUCUUCAUUCGGGGGAAAACCGACAUCUGCCAUUUCAUGGUAAGAAUCAAGAUCAAGAAAAAGGGCAAGAAAGACGAACCACACCGGACCGGCAAUUUUCUAUAUAGAAACACCACCAAUAGAAUUACUGCAAAGAGGUGUCAUCUGGUAGGAGAGAGUAGCCCAGUUAAGAGGGUUCACGCAAAUCAUCUACUAUCGAAGCGGCUGUCUGUUGAAACUUGCGUUUCUCCGAGCCAAGAAGCUCUCGAACCUAGAAUCGCCUCGCUGAAUGAUAGGAACAAUUUCGUGGUCGGAGUACUUUCCUCUCAUACUGCUCCCAACAUUGUACCUUCCGACGAAACCGAUACCUUCGCCACUGGUGAUGUAAACAAAGGCAGUCCUGACUCACUAUCGAAUGUUCGAUUGAAGCUAUUAUCUGUUAUGGAUAAAGUAGUCGACCACGGGAACAUGGUAUUUGGAAACAUGGGGGUAGUUUUAUCGUCCUGUGAGGAAGAGGAUCUCAAACGCCGGCAAUGCGAUUUGAUGGAGCGGCUAGAUAAAUUGUUUGAGAGGCACCAGCGGUUCAUAGAAGAUCGAAACCCUCAGGAUAUCCCUAUCUAUGACGACGUUCCUUCAGACAGCUUUCUACAUAUAUUGCAUCACCAACAGACAGAAGAUGUUUCACAACAAUAUACUGAAACCAAAGAAGAAUUGGAUUUUCAGUAUUUAGAAAAUCUGUUUCAAUUAUGAUAAUAUACAUUUGCAACAAAGCACCCUUCGUGGCUUGUGAUGGUGACAAAAAGCAGAAUUUUCUAUUUUCGUUUGAAGACCUUUUCAUAAGGGGAUGAAAGAGUCUAGCAAUAUUCAAUAAUUGAGAAUCUACUGUAUGCUGAUUCUUACUCUGUUUCAAAGUUUCGAUAUACCUGAUAAGAAACAGAUUGACACUUU